GUUUAUUCUUCCUAGUUAUACGGCCAAACCCCUCGCAAAGGAAAUAAAGAGGAGCGCAAAAAAGAAUUCGCAGAAACAACGAGCAUCAAUUCUUAGUUCACAAAUUUCAUUCCUACAAUCUCACAAAUUCGCAAGCAGAGACGAGUGAAACGAGAAGCUAACAAGAUGCUGCCACAGCGGAUGAAAAAGGUUAUGGCAGACAACCCAAAGAAAUUAGCUAAUUUGAUUGACCUGGUAAAUCUCCCUUCAACACUUAGAGAUUUCAUGGGUCAGUCACAGACCUCCCGCUUGGGUUGUUUUAAGCGUGUGUGGUCUUACAUCAAGGAAAACAAUCUCCAGGAUCCAACCAACAAGAACUUAGUUAAUUGCGAUGAAAAGUUGAAGAGUAUCUUGUUGGGUAAGCCCAAGGUUGAGCUGACUGAACUACCAACACUGAUCAAGCUGCACUUUCCUAAGCAGCCAAGAUGAUCGAGUUUCUUGUAAUGUUUAAUUUUCGUAACUUAAUCCUCGACCUUAUACUAGACUCCAUGGAUUUUAUGGAGACUUAGAUUAUGUAUACUUUCCUUACAGUUAUGAGUUAGCCAGGCUUCUUUGAUGAACUUUAUAUUAGGACUGAGCCUGUCUUUAUCGGAGAGAGAUUUGAUUUACUUUGGCUAUGCAAACUUUACUCUUGGAAAGAUUCUGCUAUAUUGAUAGUUAAGCUACAUGCCACACAUUACUGUCGUAUUCUGGAAACUGCUACACUUUGCUAUAGUUAUGUUUUUAUUUAUUUUAUGAAGUGUACUGUACUUGUUGCU